AUGAGUGAAACGAAAGUGGUAAUUAACAGUGCCAACGAUUUGCUGCUGCUCGGGGAUGCCAUUCGCAAAGUGCCGCUCAAGGAAAUAGCACAGACCUCGCUGAAAGGACUUCGGCGCCAGGAAAGCGAUAUCGAUUUGUACGAGUUUCUGUUUACCAACAUUAUACGCCACUUUGAACCGCGCGAAUUUGAGGCGGAAGUAUUGUGUGCCAUACUACCAGAGUUAGUUGGCUAUUUGGAAAAGAUACAAUCAGAGCUGCAAUCGAGCUCCCUUUCAUGUUUCUUCGUGGAAAAUCUCAUCCUUUUAGUAAAGUUGGCCAACGUGCUGCUGAAGCUGAUCGAGUAUCUGUCCGAAAAAGAAGAACAAUGUCAGCUGCUUCGAUCGCUCGCAAUUUUUCCAGAAUAUCUGGUACGCUGUUACACGAUAGUUCGAAAGCACUUUUCCACAAUGGCAAACGAAUCCGAGGCGCUCGAAACGAUGAAAACGCUGUAUGCCGUGUGCAAAAAGCUUUUGCUAGCGUUUCUGGAAUUGCUCUUCCCACGGGAAGCAUCCGGGCGCAAUAGUAACUACUUUCGGGCAAUCGAUUACGGUGCGCAAUACGAUUGUUUGGAGAAAGUGUGUAUCCUGUUGGCUAAUGUGGGCAAUGAAAUCAGUCCAAUCGAUUCACUGCUAGCGUGCGACGUGUGGAAAGUGAUCGUGAAACUUUGCGCCGAACACGUGGAAGAAUCCUUUACCCACGGUAGAACUGCCUGGCUGGAUGAGAUUGUGACGAUCCUGAAUAAUAGCAUAAGUGCCUCGUAUUUGGAUAUACGGACCAAAAAUGAAACCACGAAACAGAAUACGAUCGCGUUAAAAUUGAACGCUUUUUUCCUGCGAGCAAUGCUAAAGAUAUUGACGCUUUCCAAGCAUCACGUGGCAGAUAGCACGUUUUCCUCCAUCAUACGAAGCUUGCUCGAAGUGAAAACUGGCUUGCGGACUAAAGCGAUUUGUAAAGAAUUGGCUACUAGCAUAGAGCAAUACAUACACAUCGGCUAUAUGGCGAUCGUGGAGCAUUCUUUCCGUUCGAAAUCGUUCGCAAAGGCUUUAACCCAGUACGACUGCAGCACACAGGAAGAAAUUUAUUCCUUUUACUCCCUGAUGAUGCACAUAGUCACCCAACUCCUUGCAAACACCAACGAUAAUGGUCUGCUAUUACUAUACUGCAACCGGCACCAUCUUCUGCAGCACGUAUGCAGCCUACUGAAACGAUCCGAUUCCCUGCUCUACACAAACCCCACACUGUACAAACAAUUGUUUGUGCACUGCUCAGCACUUAUCCUGAUGGGUGUACGUGUGAAAAACCGAGCUGCGCAGAAAAAGAAUGAAGAAACGCUCGUUCGAAUGAUCCUCCAAGAUGAGCACUACUACACCGCUCUAUUAGGAAUCGAUCUUUGGUCCAUAUUUGUUCGCUACCAUUCGAUCCAGCUAAUGUACGCUUACUUCCUUUUUUGGAAGAAAAUCAACGAUCACUACUCGAUCUUCAUAAGCCGCCCGAAACAGGUGUACGUACGGCAGGUGCUACGUAAUCUGUUCGUCUUUCUGCCGGCCACCCAUAAAGAAAGGAUAAUGGUCACCUAUCCUACUACCGACGCUGUGAACGAUCGCUUAUGGGCUGCUUUAUGGCCUUUAACGAAGGAAAUAGAUGAGGCGAAGAGGAAACAGUUCGAGGCGGGCUUAGCAAACCGUUUGACACAGAAAAUUCAAGCAUGGAAAAAAGCACCCAGUAAUGUUAAAACAUUCUACGAAGUGUUCACAUUACUUACGAUCACAGGUGUAGCGGCGAAAGAGAUCGAAAUGCCUCAACUAAAAUGGAGUAAGAUCAUGAACACAUCUUCCGCUUAUAGUAUAUUCGACGGAAUUGAACGAAAUCCGCGCGUGUUAAAUUUAAGUACAUUGCUAAGCUCGAAAAAUAUGUCAGCUCUAACCGAAGCCGCGCCGUUUGUAAAAUUUCAAAUAGCAAAGCUAAUAAUGGCGGCGAACAGUGGCAGCAUCCUUCCUAUAGUAAAUGGACAGAACAUGCUUGAGGGGCUGCUAAAAGACAAGGUACCGCUCGUAAAGGCGUACGCCUUUCACGUACUGCGCAAACUAAACGAGAGCCGGACGUCUAUGGCACAGGAACUUCUCAGCAAACAGCCUCACCUGCGAACACAACUGACCCGUUGGCAAAGUAAUAAUACGACCACAAAGCUUCCUCCGUUCAAACAACCCUUGUCUGUUGCUGUGGUGCAUCGCUGUUCCAAGCUGAAAGUUGAUUCAUCCGAAUCCUUAGGCAGUCUUAUGCAUACGAUUAACAGUCAAGUAAGCGAACUUUUUCCCGACAAUGAUGAUGGUGACGAUCUGAUUCAGGACAUCGAUGUGGACAUGUUUGCUGAUGCCGGUUUGCUAACAAAAAAGCGUAAGUUUGAUGCAACGAGUGUCGAGGAUCGCAGUGCCGGUGGUAGCACGGCGGAGAUUAACCUAUGCCUGAAGGAAAUGCAGAAUCACGCGGUUCGACUGGAACGGGUAGCGUCCACUCAAGCGGGCCGCCUGCAGCCAUCGCAGAAGGGACAGCUGCAAAGCAUAAUCGCUUCACUGACAAAGGUGUUGGACAGUUGA